CGAUGGUUGAAUACGUUCCCGAAAGGACAUUUCACCACAUGGGAGGCGCUUCAUCAAGCCUUCAUGCACGAAUACUUCCCACCAUCUGCCAUUGCAAAAAUUAAAAGAUCUAUUCAGAGUUUUUCUCAAAAUUCGACUGAAUCUUUAAGUGAAGCAUGGGAAAGAUUCAAGGAUCUGAAGAUCAAAUGUCCACCUGCUCUAAUUGAUCCUGACAGCCUAAUGUUCCAUUUCUACCAAGGACUUCUGGUUUCAUCGAAGAAAGAACUAGACCACUCUUCAAAGGUCGGUUCUUUCCUAGAUAUGACGCCGGAGGAAAAUGAGGAAUUGGUGGAAAAACUCACAUCAAAUGCCAAAUACUGGUACGAAGACCGAGUUCCACAACAAAAAGCUGGAAUGUAUGAGGUGGACACUUUCACCGCACUCAAGGCAAGUAUGGAAAGUCUCAUCAAGCGGACCAUCCAAGAUCAGUUCAGUGCAAGUUCUCAUCCAAACAAACAACAUGAAUCAAUUGCUCAGGCCAAUGCUUACUAUCAAGGAGGAUCUAGUUCACACCAAAAUGAACUGGUCCUGUCUUGUGAAUCUUGUACAGGUGCAGAUCUGACAUCUUAGUGCCCGUACAAUGAAAGCACAGCAAAGGA